AUGGCGGCUGCAUCGCAGCGCGAGUCACUUUCCGCAGAAGCAGGCCAGAGCGGGGCCGGCGUGGUGCUUCCCUCCGUCGAGGCCGCCGCCGUCAGCGGCGCGGGGAAGAUGGCGUCAGCGCAGUGCCCGAUCUGCAUGGAGGAGCUGGCUGACGGCAGCGCCAUGCCCUUACCCGGCUGCUCGCACGCCUUCCACAGCGGCUGCAUCCGCGAGUGGUUCAACAGGGCGCCGACGCCGACGUGCCCGUCUUGCCGGCGAGACAUGACGAAGCAGCGUGCGUACAUGAAGGUCCAGGCUAUAAUCGACUCGCACCAGAAAAGGAUGAACGAAGAGGCGGCGGAGACAGCCGCGGCGGCUACGCCAACUGUCCAGCGGCUCCGUCGGCGGCUACGUCGCGCCGAUCCACUGGGCGUGCGGGUGCGCCGUGUUGCGCCGCCCCCAUCAAACAGCCAGCGACAGCGGCUGGUCUGGCCGGCCGGAGUUCACUUGAGCCCCGUGGUGUUAACCCCGCGAGAUGAUGCACCUCUGUUUCAGUAUGUAAACUCAACGCAGUAG